GGCGAAACUCGUACCUACAAGCUCAUCCCCGUCAAAUUCCAACUCAGCAGAAAGACAGCAUCAUCGGCCACGCAACAAGCGUCCCAGCACACGGCCUCACUCAUCCGCAGUUCCCAUUUAGGUACAUCGCCGCUAUCGUGCCAAAACCAGGUUCCCUUUCUUCUUCUUCUUCGCCGGCGCACGACCCCCGCCGCGGCCAAGCGCCAGGACCGGAGCAGAGAAGGGAACGCGGGGCAGGGGAGAGCAAAGGAAGGCAUCCUUCGCCGCACUGCCCCCUCUACUAGCACACACACGCCCAUACACACACACAGAGAGAGAGAGAGAGGGAGGGAGAGAGAACAUGCCGCCAGCGCGCGGCGCGGCCUCGGCCGAGCGCGCGACGGCGCUGGCGCAGCUGCAGGCGGUGCGGCCGGUGCUGCGGGGGCUCGCGCACCGGCACCGCAACCAGCACGGGCGCGCGGGGUGGUGGUGGGCGCGGUUCGGGAUGCUGCGGCGGCACGUGGCGGGCGUGGCGGGCGCGCUGCAGGCGGCCGAGAGCGGAGGAGGAGGAGGAGGAGGAGGAGCUAGGGUGGCCGAGAGCGGGCGGGUGAGACGGGGGUGCGGCGACGACGGCCCGGGGAGGGUCGCGAAGAGGAGGAGGAGGAGGGGGAGGGGCGCCGGCGGCGGAGCGAGCAGGGCCGCCGCCGGUAGUAGCAGUAGCAGCGUCGAGGCGCGCGACCACGCGCGCUGGCUGCUCGACGUGCUGGUCCCGCGGUGCUACUUCGCCUUCUCGCAGCUCGCCGCCGACAACCAGUUCGCGGCGCUCGGCGUGGUGCUGCUGGCGGCGCUCGCGCAGGUCCGCGGCGCGUGCGUCUCGCUGUGCCCGGCGCCGCCGUCCCUCGCUUCCUCUUCCCCCGCCGCCGCCGCCGCCGCCGCCGCCGUGCCCGCGCCCGCAGGAAGCGUGAUCUCGCGCGAGCAGGCCGCCGCGCUGCGGCCGAAGAGAUCGCGCGGGAGCCAGGCCGGCGGAGCGGCGGAGGGAGCGCGGCCGAAGAAGAGCAAGAGGAAGAGCAGGAAGAGCACGGGCGGCGACGAGUUCGACGCCUUGUUCAGGGGCAUGGUGUAG